AUGUCUGAAUCCGUAGGCGCGUCAGCUCCUGCUGUGUCCCGAAGGCCUGAUGCCUCUGGCGUCUCUAACCCGUUUUUGGCCACCAAUCCGGAUACAACCCUCGAUCUCAAGGAGUUCCGGCUCCUGGCCGCCAUUCGGUACCAGCAAGAGUCAUCGGCUAUGUGCAUGCCGUUCCCGGUCUGCUUGUUCAGACCCAGUUGCCCAUGCUUUACGCUCAAAUACCUUGUACAUGUACCUUACCAGCCACGCGAGCAGUCGCUGGAGGCUGUGCCUGAACCCCUUUCUCGCACCCCACUGGCUGGUGAUCUGAACACUCUGAUCCAGCUCAUCCUGCACUUUGCUCAUUCCGCCCCACCUCCGUCCUCUGCAAUGACCUCCGAGCUCAUCCUAUACCUCGAGCCCGCGCGCUUCUCGACCCUAUGGACACAGCUGCAGUCGUUCUUCCUGGCCAGUCAGUCUCAGCCCUGGUCCGAAAACGAGGCCGCACGGUACCCAGCGCAUGUCACCAUGGUCAGAUUCUUUGACGACCCCAGUCCUACCACUACCACGACCACGACAAAGGACCGACUAAUCGAGUAUCUGGGUCAGCAUAUCCACCAGAUCAGCCUCGCCAGUGCACCAUCGAGUCGCGUAAAGCUACGGGGAUUGCUCCGCCCCCGUCCAGACCUCCUCCUCAUCGCGAUCGAGCCUCCCACAGAACUCCUGGACAUGAUGCAGGCAUGGAAAGACGCCUUCCCAGAACUCGAACUGCGGCUUAAGAAGAUCAACCAUCUCUCAUUGUGCUACUGGGACGAGCAGGAGACCCAGCGGAAAAGGAUCACAGCCAAAGAGAUGGAUCAACGUGUAGAGUGGACAGAUCGGGCGACAGGGAUGGUUCAAGAGUGCAUACCAAUGUCACAAGCUGAUACCCCAGGUGUCAAUGAGUCCUGGGAUAUUGUACUUUACUCGAUCCAAGGUCGGGACAAGAGUGAUGGCCUGCCAUAUCCACUUGUGGAGCUCGCACGCUGGGCUCUUGCCUGA